UUUCAUUAUUUGCAUCUCCCAUGAAACCCUGCAAACUGAAUAACAGCAUGGAUUCCGGCUCGGAAGCAGACAUCCAGUACAGAAGCGGAACCGUCUGCGAAGCGAAGUGUGGCUCUGAACGCCUGGAGGGGGCCGCCAAGCGCAGGCUGGCUGCAAAUGCCCGGGAGAGGAGAAGAAUGCAGGGUCUCAACACUGCCUUUGACCGCUUACGCAAAGUGGUCCCCCAGUGGGGGCAAGACAAAAAGCUCUCCAAAUAUGAGACCCUUCAGAUGGCCCUGAGUUACAUUAUGGCACUGACGAGGAUUCUCGCCGAAGCCGAGAGGUACAGCGCUGAGAAGGACUGGAUUGAUUUCCACUGUGAGCAUUUUCACCAGGAGAGCUGCCACGCUUACGCGGGACAGAAAGUGGCUGCUGAGGUGGACCCUUAUCAUCCGCAGGGGAUUUUCAGCUUCCAGCCGGACCGCUACUAAA